AUGGAGCGCCAAUCGAUCUCAAACCGCUACAUCAAGCUAGAAGACCUUCGCAAUCUUCUUAUUUCCAAAUUCAGAGCCGGCAACUUCAAAAUACAGGUCCCACUCCACGAGAUCAUAGACUUGACAUACGGCAUUCUGCGAGGCGCUCGGAGAUGUUUCGCAAUCUUAGUCUUCAUAGGUCAUGGCGAGGCUAUUUCUAGCUUCUUCAGACACGACUCGCUGCGAUCUCAUCCCGACGAUCGUUUGCCUUACACUUCAGAAGUACUACAGCGAAUAUUCGAGAAAAAUGCGGCAAGCUCUGUGGUCAGGAAUUUCCUCGAGAAGCAAUGGGAAUUCUUUGUCCCUAUUAUGCACCAACAUAACAUUGACCGGAUACUUGACACGAACACUAUACUGCCUUUUCUACAAGAGGAGGCUGUUGGUGAAGGGGCAAUGGGCGUGGUUUCAAAAGUCAAGCUCCAUCCCCAGUGCCAUCGACUGCCGUUGCAAAAACAUGAGGCUAUCAGGAAGCAAAUCAAAUACAGAGAGAAGCAUAACCUUGAUUUUCAAAAAGAGUUGAAAAGCUUAGCUCUCCUUACACAUUUGAAGCACCCGAACAUCGUCCAACUAUACUGCGCCUACGAAUACCGACAAGUGUACAACUUCAUAUUUGCCCUUGCCGAUAGUGGCUCACUUGCCAACCUUCUCAACGGGGAGCGGGUGACGAAUGGGCAAGAGGAGCUGCAACUUCCACUCGCCCUUGCGGGACUGGCCGAUGCAUUGGACGCCAUGCAUAACUUCACGUCAAAAGCGCUUGAUACUAACCUAUCUGGUUGCCACCAUGACCUUGCGCCUCGAAAUGUUUUGAUCCAUGGAAAGUCUUUCUUACUGGCUGAUUUGGGACUCUCGAGUUUCCAAAACACGGAAGACGACUCUUCGACCACCUUUAAAGGGGUUGAUGGCUCCUAUGCCGCCCCCGAAUUUCAAACCUUCCGCGACGGUCACGUUCAUGUCCGCCGCGCGAGCGAUAUAUGGUCCUUCGGAUGUAUCAUUGCAGAGGUGUUGACUUACAUGGUGGAGGGUUCGGCUGGAGUCAAGAGAUUUCGGGAUAAGAGGGAUUUUGAGUGGGCUCCUGGCACCUGGUGGAUUCGCUUCCAUCGAGGACCUGAGACGCCGAGUCCUGAAGUCACAACCUGGUUGAAUAACUUAAAGGCAGACAGGGAACCAUAUCGGCGCUUCCAAAGCUGGCUCUUUGCCUUCAGUCGAUUACUCGACGCAAUGGACCAAACCGAACCGAGUGACCUCGAUUUUGACUUCCCCAAGACUGUUCAGGCGCUGGAAGAUAUGCAACGCAUCUUAGAGGGCAGUGGGGAGAGGGCCAAUAACACCAAAUACCUGAAGUACUCCCUUCUCCGAUAUGAGCACGCGAGGCUGGUGGAGGCGCUUCCGCUAUCCUAUCGCUCUAUCGCGAAGGAGCAUUUGGUAAAUGAGGUUCUGAAAGAGGAUGAUGAGGAGCAAUUAAACAAGUUAUCGACGGCGAUCACUGAUAUAGACGACAAAGACAUCGGCACUUUACUGGCUGUCAAGCAUCUCACAGCCCUUGCUGAGACUGGCCGUUUAAUCGAGCAGACGGAGCUGGUUCUCAACCAAAGAGAUGUUACCCUAAUGGAUCCCGUCGACAUCCAUCACCUCGCUUCUCUGGCACCAGAAUCUGAGCAUGUUCUUGUGGAGUGGCUGAGAUACAGGGAACCGUGGGCAGAUAAUGCCAUCGGGGCGGAGCUUCGACGUCGGCUAACGAGUGUGGCUAGCCUACUCCAUGACGACAGCACCACACAGAUUCCCGGCAGCUUACGCUGUAGAGGUAUAUUCCAUGAUGAGUGCCAACCGGCCUUAGGCUUUGUCUACGAUAUCCCGCCCGGAACGCAUGCGGUUACUCUAUACGGGCUUCUCGAUGCAGAAGAAGCCUCUUAA